UUGAGUCUCGGAAAUAACUAGAAGCUAUUUCGAAAGGUACCGUUACUUUAAGUUCAACUAUGGCUUCUCGAACAGGCAUGAAAGUUGCUCGCAAAGCCAAAACUACUGCAGAGGCUAUAGUUCACUCACCAUUUCUCAAAAUAAUCAUACCAGCACAACAAGCUCGACCUGCUCCACCUUUAGGACCACAGUUAGGUCGACGGAACGUAAAUAUUGCCAAUUUUUGCAAAGAUUUCAAUGAGAGAACUAAAGAUAUUAUGGAAGGAGUCCCAUUGCCUUGUUUUAUCUCUGUCAAGCCCGAUCGAUCAUACGAUUUAGUGAUAAGUCACCCAUCAUCUAUGCAUUUGUUGAGAAUGGCUGCAGCUGCUAAAAAGGGUGCUUCUUUGCCAGGCAGUGAACUAUGUGGACGUAUAACUUUAAAACAUAUUUAUCAUAUUGCUGAGCUCAAACAACAAGAUCCUAAUUUAUUAACAAAAAGUUUGGAAGAUAUUUGCAAAAUGUUGCUUGGUACAGCUCAUCGUUUGGGUAUUGAGGUAUUGUCACCCGAAGAUAUUAAUUCUGGUCGAGUUGAUUAUACGCCUAGUGGAUAUGCUAAAUUCCUCCAAAAUCGGGAAGAUUAUCUAAAACAGAAGAAAUUAGAAGCUGAAACUUCAAAACAGAAUAAAGUGAUGAGAUCGUGAAUGAUUUAGUUGUGUAUAGCAAGUAGAAACUGCAGUUUUGUAUAAUAAAGUCACAUACUUUUUAUUUCU